UAUAAGUCAAAAAUCUAUGUAAAUACCAAAUGCAACAAAGGCCUUUGUUCUUGAACCAAGAUUCUCACAAUGGCGAUCAACCCAGAGUCCAAGAAACAACCCGUAUCUUUCCACAAAAAGUCAGGUCCUAACGACUUGCCUCCAACUUUUCCUCCGUUUCCAGCAGCACCGCACGGUGUCACCAUAAUUCCUUUCAAAGAUUUUACGCCGUAUGGCUACAAACGCCUUACAACAGAGACUGGAGAAGAAAUCGAAGUUGACGCUCUUGGUGGCUUGCCUACCGUGAAGGUUCUCUCCGAUGAAGAGGUCAUUCAGAGAAAUAAAGACAGAAGACGACGCAGAAAUGCAGGACAGAGCGCGGACGCUACAGGAAGAAUUGUACCUUGGUGGGAGGAAUGGGAAGAGGGUGAAAAUUCGCGCACCACGAGCGAGCCAAUAGAACUGCGGAACAACCUCAUCGAUAGGGUUCACCAAGCUGCGGAUGAUUUCCGGAUUGGUCGUACUUGGCCGCCGAUAUCUUCUGGAGUCAGAUCAUUAUGGGAUCAUUUUCGUUUGUACAUCGGCCUUCUGUCUAGCUUGCCGAUCUACCGCAAAGUCAAGAAGUCUAAGGGAAAUACAGACAUGACUUGUGAAGUGGGCGGUGACGCCUCGGAUAACGAUGAUGUCCCAAAGGCAAAACAAAUAAACCUCGACAUUAUACAAGAUCCACUGGAACAGGUCGCCCAUCCAGGCAAACAGCUAGAGCCAAAGGAAGGGGAGGGAGAUAUCAUGGCUCGUUUACUUGAAACUUUCCUUGAAGACAUGGAGAAGUCCAUCAAGGUCUUCAUGUCUUCAUACAUGCGAGAUAAAGGUUUAAUCUGGUCGGAACGCAACCUUUUCAUUGCACCCACAGUACUCCACUUUUUCCUCCGUUUCAUGCAGCGGAACCGAGUUUUUGCUGGUUUCGAGACUCACACCGAAAACUUAAACCAUGCGGUAGUUGUUGCCGAGCUCGCUAUCAGGGAGCUUCCUUUGACGGCUAGGGUUGCACGAGUUUUGCCGGGCAUGUUCGAUGCUGCGUGCAAGGAGUGCUGGGGAUACAGAGGAAGCCUCAGCAUGUACAUCUCCACCACUCUUAACUCCGAGGAUGAUACUGAUACGCCUGCUUCGUCGGCGGUUGGCACAUUUGAGGAAGCGCUCAAAGCUGAUCACACUGAAAUCGUAUCCUCAGAUGUUGUCCUUGACUCGUUGAUGGCGAAGGAGGUUUUGGAUGACACCUUCGGGCCCGGUGAUGGCAUGAACAUUUCCCCUCCUCCAGCGAAUGACCCUUGGGCUGCAGCCAUUACUACAGGGCAGAACACUACGGUAUCGUGGACUGAUGUCAAAGUUGAUUCACUGCUUACCUUCCUCGGUCCAACUCAAUUGCCCUUGACGCAUACAGCUGGUGUCGUCGAGUUCUCCACGCGCAAAGUCAAAGAAAUAAUGCUGCCAGAAGCUAUCAACUCAGUUCCAGAUACUCCCUCUACAGCGAUUGAGCAGGAGUUAGGAAGUCGCUUCGCUCGUGUCGUGUUGGAACCUUGGAUUCGCACCCCAACAGAUGAACUUCUUGAUAUCACGAGACCUAUCAUCACGUCUUCUAGUCGCGGAGCCGUCAUCAAGGACCCGUUCGCGGACAACAUUGAUGUGUCUGAUGCCCACUCCCCUUCUGAUGCAUUCAAUCCGUGUCGUGACAACUUGACUAUACUCAUCGAUCCAGCGUCCGUAGAUUGCUUCCAUGUCGGCCUUGGCUUGUGUGGUACAUGGGUGCAAAUGGCUCGCUGUGAAGAUGUGGAGAGUUCCACCAGUCCUAUUGACCAAGGUACUCCAUACGUCAGCAAGCAUCCUCGCGAUUGCUUCUGGUACCUAGAGGACGUUGUAUCUAUCUUCCCCAGCUUUUACGUGGAGUCAGAGGUGCAGAUUGACCUUGGCCAGACAACCGACAAUGAUGAUCUCUAGGUUACAAUUCUGCAGCUUUUUGGUAUCCUGGUGUAUAGGAAGAAAUCACUAUUGUAUGUUUUAUCACCAUGGACUCGCAUCACGAUUUGAUAUGCUUUAUUUUAUCUUGCCGAACUAGUUUGAUACGUUGGUAGCCGGACUGUAGAACUAUCGAAGUUCGCGCCAUACAAUAUGUAUAUCCAGCCUCAUCGCUUCGACAAGAAAUAACUGUAGUGAUAGUGUGAAUAGAAGACAAACUUGACACCAAG